AUGAUGAAAUAUCCCAGUUGUUCUCUAAUCUCAUUCCUAGCGUCUGUGCCCAGUUACCGCCCAAAUUACCCCGCUUCAUUGCCAAUAUAUGGCAACCANGGGUCCCUCCCGUAUCGUCUAACCCGAUCCGCAGUCGGUUGGAUUUAUCCCGGUUGGUCCGCGGCAGAAUGCAAAACACCCACACCGGACAGUUUCCAACCUCGAUAUCUGGUCUUUCCAUUGGAUGGAUCUGAUGAUCCCGCCGACGGGAAGUACGAGGUUCCCAUCCAACCCGGAUGCGAGUGUUUCGCUUGUACCCAUCACAGUCGAGGUUACGUGUCUCACAUGCAUAUCGCAAAAGAGAUGCUCGGACCGAUGCUACUAAUGAUCCACAACUCACAUCAAUGUUAUCGAUUUUUCCGUGACUUACGCGAAUGUCUGUUGACGGAUAAAAUAGACCAAUUUAUUGAGUUUACCGGCUUAUGGAAUUUUCCGGUCAAUCUUCUGGCUUUGGAUAAAACCUUCGAGUCCAAGACUACGAAUAGCGCUUCAGUCGAUGAUGUAUUGCCUGUGGUUUACUAA